CUCUCUCUGCCAUCACUCUCUCUCCACACUCUGUCUCUCUCGCUCUGCGAUCAGGCUUCCCCACUCUUCCUCGAGUCUCCAUCAGUCGUCGUUGGUUCCCGCCGCCGCUGAUUACAGAUAUGCAGGCACUAGAUAGAGUGCGGCCUGGACCCGAUGUGGAUACCCAGUUGUCCCAGCAGCCGAAUCAUCGGUCAAGUCCGCUUUGGAGGUGCGCCGCUGACGAGGAGGCGCCUGGCAUGAUAAAGGUUCGACGCCGUAAAUGUGUAUUGCCACAGGGUGGGUUAGAUCCACGUAUCAUGCAACACAUAGAUGCAGCAGGGUUGACUGGUUUAUUCAAGGUUCCUGAUAUGGAGGUCGACCACGCCUUGAUCACGGCGUUGGUUGAGCGGUGGCGUCCGGAGACGCACACGUUCCACUUACCCCAUGGAGAAAUGGGUAUCACCUUGCAAGAUAUGGAGGUGAUGCUGGGGCUUCCGGUGGAUGGGUUGCCUGUCACUGGGAAGACAGACUACAUAUGGAAUGAGCUGUGCGAACAGUUGUUGGGCCAUAAACCUCCACCCCCGAUACCAAACUCAAACAAGUCUAUCCUUGCUGGGGCGAGGAUAAGAUACACCUGGCUUGAUGCACAGUUUGCCGAUCCCUUAGUUGCGGACGCUGCUGACGAAGUCGUGCAGCAACAUGCCCGCUACCACCUACUUGUACGGAUGGGGGCCCUCUUGUUCAUGGACAGGUCUGCGGACCGGGUCUCACUGCUGCCUCUGCAGUUGCUCAACCCAGUCAGCAAUGCGAGACGGUAUAGCUGGGGUAGUGCAGCAUUGGCCUGGCUGUAUAGGCAACUUUGUGGUGCAUCGAAGAAGGAUGCGAUGCAGAUUGGAGGAGCACUCUUGUUGGUGCAGCUAUGGGCCUAUUCAAGGUUCCCACAAUUAUGCCCUGUUGUGAGGCCGCCUCUACCGCCAGUGCACUCAGGGCCCCUUGCCAUUAGGUGGAGCGGGCCAAAAUGCACCGCAGAGCAUGCCACACACGUCCUUGCUGCGUACCGCACGUCACUGGCUACAGUACGGGCCGAGCAGAUUGUAUGGGAGUCGUACACGCAUACGCUAGGCUCCCUACCUGCGUAUUGCACUGCUGGGCAGCAUAUUUGGAGGGCCGAGGUGCCGUUGAUAUUCUUUUGGAUAGUGGAGUGGCAUCAUCCUGAGCAAGUCCUCCGUCAGUUUGGGAUGAAGCAACCAGUUCCAAGUGUCGUGGAUACGUCGACUACCCUUCACAAGAUAUCCCUUCAGGGUAAAUGGGAGAAGAACUGGGAGUUCGCGGGUCCGAUCUCCUAG